AUGGACAAUCACGACCAUCAAACGGACGAGGAAAAAGAACGACGAAAUUCCAACACCGAGUACUUGCCCACCAAGUGCCGCAUAACGAAGCCCGCGCCCCCCAAACCGGCGACCAACCCGCUGCAAUUCAUCAAGCUCUCGCCAUGCCCGCUGUUCGUGAAGGCCCAGCAGCAGAUCAAGAAAGUCGAGGAGAUCAAAAAGGAAGAAAAAGACAUCGGCACGGAGGUCGAAGACUGGCAAACUAAUCUUGAUAAUUGGAAGAGCAGCAGGAGAAAACGGCAGGAGCACAUCAUCGAAAGAGUGGUAGAAGUGAAGAAGCUCACCGAACAAGAGGAGUCCGAUAAGAAUCGAAGGAGGAGCAAAACGUUUAGCGAGAUGAUGGAAGAAAGGAGUAAAGGCAGACAUAAAUUCAACAUACCUUUGUACGAAAACGACUCGAACGAUCUUAGCGAUUACGGAAUAGGCAGCAGUAGUUCCAAAACCAGCCACGACGACGAUACUCUCUCACACAACAAGAACAACAGCUUAGACUUAUCUAGUAAUAAAGAAAACUGCAACAAAACCAACCAAAGCGGCGACGAAAUUAUUAACACCAAAAACGGGACCAAAAUUAGUGAUAAUAUUAAUAAUAAUAACAAUAAUAAUAACAACAACAACGGCCCAGCGGCGAAAACUUUCGCUUCUACGUACACCAACCCGCCGUUGUCGCGACCCGCAGCCGAUAACCUGAACAAACUCGACGCCAAAGACGUCAAGCAGUACACCUACGAAGGUGCCAUCGAGGACUACAGGUCGCGCAUUCAAACCAUCAAUUCGGAGGAGUUCCGGAAGGGCGCCGAGCCGGCCGACGUCGUCCUGCCCAAGGGCGAGAUAUUCAAACGGAAAGACCUCUUCGAGAAGCAGACGAUGGAGAUCGGCCAGCUGGGCAGCGCCUCGUCGAAGCGCCUCAGCGAGAUCGGCGCCGUGAAAAGCAUCAAAGACAGAUUGAAGAUCUUCGAACAAAACAACGAACAAAUAGCGAAGUUCAACGACGCGCAGUUGGGCGACAAGCCGAAGAAAACCGAUGGUUACGCAGCGGGCGAGGCUGCGAACCGACACGAGUACCUCGCGGACAGUUCGAGCGCCGGUGGCUUCAAGAAGACCGGCGACGAGCGAUGCUUCAGCCCGGAAACGGAGCUGUACGUGAACAAACUGAACAUGUUCAACAGGGACCUCGACAAUUUGAUGAUCAACAAAUCGGUGGAUGAGAAUUACACGCCUUCGGUGUCUUCGACGGAACUGACUUGCAUCUCUUCCGAUCGCGAGGACAGCGGGAUCCACACCGGCGACAUUUCCUGCUCCGUCAGCCAGGCCGAUGAAUCCGUGGAUAUCGACAUAGAAAUUAAUUCCAAUAACGACAAAUUAAACGACAAUACUCAAUUCGAAAACGACUUCCAUCAAUUCCAAGACACCUUCAAGCAGCUCCAAUCGAACAAAAAGGACACCAAAAACAUCAGCGAAAUCGACGCGAAGGAAAUCAUGAACAUAACCGAGGAAUUCCUAGAGAAAAAUCGCGUCCCUAGUCCCGUUUCUAUCGAUCGCAAAGAAGAUACAAACGUACCCUCCGCCCUUCCGCCUCCAUCCAAACCAAAGCCUAUAAUAUACGAAAAUGUAGACAUCAAAACAUUUUCGCCUUCAGUGGAGUUCAUCACCAACGACUUCGUCCCGUUCACCGACUUCAACGCUCCUCUCAUAGAACCCCCGAAAGUCAAACCGCCGCCUCCUCCGCCACCGCAAGCCCCGGAGGACGACAAGCCCACGAAACUCGCCCAUCUCAGAUCGAGCUUCCUCGGCCUGGAGGACCCGGAGAAAAGGUUCAAGCCGCCGGCCGACAAGCCGCCCGAUUUGACGGCGUUCCUGCACAAAAUCGACAAGAAGUACUACAACAACUCGGGCGCGCUCAACAAGGUCGAGAGCCAGGACUCCGGCCUCGACGUCGACAGGGGCCGGCUGUCGAGCGACACCUGGUGCAGCAGCGUCGGCGAUUCGAGCGCCGCCAGCCACGAGAAGCUGCCCGGCGAGGCGACCGGCUUCGUCGCCUUCGAAGAGGACGAGAUCGCCAAGAAGGAGCGCGAGAUCAUCGAGCUGGUGGAGAAGGAGGAGCAGUACCGCGACGUCGAUUUCGCGAUCGACGAGCCCGGCGACGCCAAAACCGAGGCUUUCUUCGGACCGACCUUGGGCAACGAGCAAUUCGACAAGCCUUGUUUCGAUACGCCGUCCGAUUUUCUGGAUCAAGACUCCGAGGUUCUGAAGGUGGAGCAGGAACUGAGGCAGCUGGAGCUCGAGGAGCUUGAAAGGCAACGGGAGAACUUGUUGUUCCGCGAAAAUCGAGCCAAAGUGCACCACAACAGGCAUUCGUUGGAGAACAUCACCGAGAGAAUGUACCAUCACCCGUCGUACAUGUACGAAAAUCACAUUGAAUAUCGCAAGUCCUUGCCGGAACUGGUGAGACAGAAGUCCUCCACGAUGGAUUACCCGCGUUCCGUGCCCGUUUGUAAUUAUUACGGUUACGAAAACGUGCAGGAUUUGAAGUUCAAAGUUCACAGUCAAACACUAGAUGGAAACUUGGGAAUCCCGUUCGACUGUAGGAAGUCCAUGCCGGAUCUCCCGCACAACCAGAAGAAAUUCAGCCCGGAACACCACAGGCCCGCGCUGGAGCCCAGCCCCGUCCGCACGGAGCACCGCAAAUCCAUGCCGGAGUUGUUGCUGAACCUGCAACAACCGCCUCAUCUCAGACAAACCAAGCCUCCGGCGGCUAAAGAGAGGAUCCUCUACGAACCGCCGGGCGUGAAAUCCCCGUCCAAGCAGCUCAGGGGCAAGCCGGCCCAUCCGAAACUCAACAACAACGAGGGGAAAAACUACAAUCAACAUUGGUUGAUUCAGGAGGCGGAAUUGAGGCGUUUGUCGGACCAACGGAACAACUACAGCAACAUCAGGCAGCAACCAAAGCAAAACUCCCCAGUCAGGAUACCUAUGGAUAAACUGCAGCAGCCCAUAUCGAGAAGCCACCGCCCGCCAGUAAAUUACGCAUUACCUAGCAUGUCGUACACCACGCCGGUAGUCCCGAAAGAGUCGCACGACAAGAUUUUGAGCGUUAGCGGUAAAAAGAAAUGCUCGUACUGCGGUAAUGAAUUGGGAAGGGGCGCUGCCAUGAUAGUGGAAAGUUUGUGCCUGUUCUAUCACAUGGAUUGCUUUAAAUGCUGCGUGUGCCACGUGCAACUGGGCGAUGGGAUGAUGGGAACCGACGUGAAGGUCCGAAAUCAGAAAUUACAUUGCAAUAAUUGCUAUUCCAGUGACGACGGCAUUAAGUUUAGUUGUGUGUAG